AUGGAGAAGAACUCCCCGUCACGGGACUCGCCCCUUGAGGCGGCGGACAAACUCGACCACGACGAAAAACAGCCCUCUAACCCGACACAAACACCCAUCAACCCACCCGAAGAAACCCCAGCCGGCGCCCUCUCAGACAGCACCACCGACGAAAAGCACCUCGGGCCACAAUCCAUCCCCCGACUCCGUUUCAUCGCCCUAUCAACCGGCGUCGCGCUCGGCCUCUUCCUUUCCAUGCUCGACUCCUCCAUCGUCGCCACCUCGCUCUUCACCAUCGCCGCCGAGUUCGGCGACGUCGAUUCCAUCAACUGGGUCGCCCUGGCCUACACGCUGACCUACCUGAGCUGUGCCGUGCUCUUUGCCCGCGUGUCGGACGUCGUCGGCCGCCACGCCGCUUUCGCCGCCGCCUAUGUGGUGUUUAUUGUUUUCUCGAUUGCGUGUGGGUUUGCGAGCGGGAUGGGGCAGUUGAUUGCGUUUAGGGCGUUGCAGGGUGUGGGGGGGAGUGCGUGUCGAUGA